AUGUCGAUCAACCUGUUCUUGUUUUCAGUUCUUGCCGUCUGUGCGGUGGCCUUCGGUCAUUUGCCUGUCAUAGGCAGAUCAGUCACUACCCCAUUUGGUAAGCCGGGUAGUUGGGCAGCUGGUUAUCACACUGGCGACGAUUAUGCAUGUCCUAUUGGAACAAGUGUUUUUGCUACGGCUAGUGGUAUAGUGAAAAAUUUGAACUGGGGUGCAGCUUACGGAACUCACAUUGUCAUUGAAUCACCCGAUAAAAUUCGUCAACUCUAUGGGCAUUUGAGCCAGAAACUAGUCGGAGUAGGUCAAAAUGUGAAAGCUGGAGCUCAAAUUGCGAAGAGUGGGAAUACAGGAAGAUCAACUGGACCACAUCUUCACUAUGAAGAACGAGUUUCUCCGUACGGCUAUUCGAAUCAUCGAAAACCACAGUUGAACAAGGCUCAUUAG